AUGGCAGAAAGCCAGAGUACGAACCUGUCACCUAUAGAGGCCCAGGAUGUGGAAUUUCACACUGAUACACAACCGCAUUCCCCCAGUUCCAUAUUGCCAAAUGAACCUAUUAAGCUUGAUAUAGAGCACGCCGUGGUUGAGGACGAUCCUCGAAUAUGGUCAAACGCGAAGAAGACUGCUAUAUUGUCCAUUAUAUCUGGUGCCUCAGUAAUUUCGGGUUUGGGGUCUAACAUACAAAACCCCGCCAAUGCUCAAAUCGAGCAGCAGCUACACGCCAGCAGUGGAUAUAUCAGCCUGAGUAUAUCUCUAUUCAUUCUGGUUCAAGGCAAUUUUCCUAUCAUUUGGAGUGCGAUUAGCGAGGUAAAGGGCCGCAAGCUCGUGUACCUUCUAUCCGUUGGGCUUUUCAUAAUUGGAUCUGCAAUCGUGGCCGUGUCAAGGACCAUUGGUUUGAUGAUUGGCAUGCGAAUCGUGCAAGCCGCAGGGUCAAGCGCAAUUUUCGGUAUGGGAACUGCCACUCUGGCCGAUAUAUACGAGCCACAUCAACGAGGUACAAUGAUGGGUGUAUACUAUUCUGCACCUCUCCUCGGUCCCUCGUUAGGACCAAUCUUUGGUGGUGCACUCACACAGGGCCUUAGCUGGCGGGCAGUUUUCUGGUUCUUGGUCAUCUGGGGAGGUAUAAUCUUUUCGGCAUUUCUUGUCUUGUUCAAGGAUACCUUCAGGAAGGAAAGGAGCGUGGUUUACCAGAACGUAUUGAAUUCGAGACUCCGAAAGCAGCAGUCGUCGGAAGCGAAGGACGAGUCGCAAAAUAUUCCGAAAUCAAAAGUGGGUGGAGAAAACAAGACGACUUCGAAAGAUAUCGAAGCACAGCGGCCGGUUAUACCAUCAGCCAUUAAAGACAUGAAACUGUCAACGGCUGAUGUCAACCCUUUCCCUCCAUACUUCGCGAUUGUCAGCCGCAAGAACAACCUGCUUAUCUUGAUAGCAUCAGCCUUAACAUUUGCGUUUAGCUUUAGUGUUGCGUAUACAUGCGCAAGAACAUUGUCAGUGUAUUAUGGUUAUGAUGCAUUGAAGACCGGCCUUGUUUUGCUUGUCUAUGGUGUCGGCUCCGUGGCUGGCAGCAUAUCAGGUGGUUAUUGGUCUGAUAGGACACUUGCUCGGCUAAAGGCUGAAAAUGGAGGGGUCAGCUUUCCAGAGAUGCGCCUCGAGAGCACGAAAAUCGCCAUGUUGUGGUCACUUCUGUCUGUGAUUGGAUACGCCUGGGUGUGCCAAGAACGAGUCCAUGUUGCCGCUGUGUGUGUGAUGCUGUUCCUCACUGGAUUUUUAUCCGUAUGGAUCUACGCAAGCACACUGGCAUACCUUGUCGAUGCAAACACUGGUCGCUCAUCAAUGGCAGUAGCAGCAAAUAGUUCUUUCCGUGGUCUGUUUGCUUUUGUCGCUGCCGAGAUUGCGGUUCCUUUACAAGAUACUAUUGGUGACGGUGGUCUGUAUACUCUCUGGGCAGGUCUGAUGGUUGUCGUCGAGUGCAUGAUCCUGCUGGUGUUGUACAAAGGCAGGAACUGGAGAGAAGCCAGUGUUGAGCGGGAGAAGCAGGCGCUGGAUGCCAAGUAA